AGGGCGCUGCGCGCUUCAGACCCAUUGAGCAGGCCAGUGGAGAGCGGCUCUCGUGGUAUGACUACUAUAAACAAGGGAAACAAAGCAUUGAAGGUGAAGCGAGAGCCGGGUGAGAAUGGCACGAGUCUUACAGACGAUGAGCUGGUGUCCAUGUCCGUGCGGGAGUUGAACCAGCACCUGCGCGGUCUAACCAAAGAUGAAAUCCUGCUGCUUAAGCAGCGGAGGCGCACGCUUAAGAACCGUGGCUACGCUGCCAGCUGUCGUGUCAAACGCGUCACGCAGAAGGAGGAGCUGGAGAAGCAGAAGGCGGAGCUUCAGCAGGAAGUGGAAAAGCUCGCCUCAGAAAAUGCCAGCAUGAAGGUAGAGCUGGACGUGCUGCGCUCCAAAUAUGAGGCCCUCCAGAGCUUUGCCAGGACUGUGGCCCGCAGCCCAGCGGCCGCUGCCAGGGGCCCCAUCACAUCUGUUUUAGGGCCUCUAAUACCAGGCAAGGUCGCCACCACCAGUGUCAUCACCAUCGUCAAAUCCAAAACAGAAGCACGCUCGUAAUGCACAACUGGGGGACAUUGUUAGUAUGUUUGUCAGUGGAUACAUCAAGCACAUGGUAACUUUGAUCAUAAAGGGCACAAUGUAGCAAAAAAUCAUUUUCAUACUGAGAAUUUUUGUCUUGUUUUCCAGUAAAAAUAUCUAAACAUUCUUAAAACAAGAUAAAUUUACUUGAAGCAGAAUGUCUUGUUUUCAGAGAAAUCUAACAGUUUCAAAAUAUAAAUAAUUACCAGAAAGAAAAAUCAGAUUUGGUGCAAAACGUGGGACUUUUAACUAUAACCAAGCCCAAAACCUCCAAGGAACUCUUAUUUUGAAAUGACAGAGACUUGGCUCUGUUGACGGGGCACGCUUUCAUAUAUUCACAUUUUUCUUUGCAUGUCCUUGCUUUAAUUUGUAACACUUGAUUAUCUGAUCAAAAUAACAAAAUAUGCAUUUAAGUGAGUAAAAAAUGGAUGAAUAGAAUAUUGUCAGUAAUGAAAGAUUUAGAUACAGCAAAUCCCCAUGUGAUUGUUUUUAUUUCACUUUUAGAGGCCGCUGUUACCAUAGAAUCAAGCUGUUCUAACUGUGGAAUUCUCCAGCGCUGGCCUCAGAAGAACAUGGAGGAAUAAAAAAAAAAAAAAUAUCUGCAACUGUUGGCCUAGGUUUUUGCCAAUAACCGAUUUUUCUAAAAAACAACUAUCAGUACCGAUUAAUCGGUAAAACUGAUAUAUCGUUCUAGCUCUAAUAACUUAGAAAACCUUAAACCUCCAGCACCGGCCACAGAAGAACAUGGAGGAAUAAAAAAAUAUAUAUAUCUGCAACUAUCGGCCAAGGUAUUUGCUGAUAACCGAUAGUUCCAAAAAGCAACUGUCGGCACAGUUUAAUCGGUAAAACCGAUAUAUAGGUCUACCUCUAAUAUUUACAUCUGUUUGUGUUUCUGUGACAGCUGAUGGUUGUGCACCCCCUAACAAGUCAAUGAACAAGGAGAAUAUAUAGACAUUACUUUGAAUUUGAGCAGAAAAGUGUUUUAGAAAGUAACUUAAAAAUGAGGCAAUUAGUAAUGUGAUUACUUAUGAAGUAAUUGACAAAAGAUAAUGAUUACAAUUUUAGAGGAGUAAUUAGUAAUUUGUAGUCAAUUACUUUAAGUAAUUUACCCAACACUGGUCAUAAGGGUGUGGAAUAAUUGGAGGUAAAUAAAUAAUGACAUAAUUUGAAAUAUUCCUUUAAUUCCUAAUGAAAAGUGUUUUUCAAAGACCUGUGCUUGAUUAUUAUCAACUGACUAAUUUACUGAUGGGUGAAACUAAAGGUAUUCUCUGUUAAUGGCACUCCUCUAGAAAUCUGAAUUGUGUGAUUCACAAAGCAAAGUUCUUAAACUUUUAACAAGUUUUCCAUUUUCUUUCCUAUUUUGUUCAAUUCCAUUAGUGGAAUGCUGUUUACAAGUUAUAUUCAGAGGAAUAUGACCAGGAGAGGCAAUAAACUACUGUCUUUAUGCAUGGGAAAACAGAUGAGCUAUCUGUACAGGUGAUGUUCAUCUUUUGCAGACAUGAGUUAUGAGGAAGCCUUUUCUUAAAUAUCGCAAACUGUUCUGUUAUCGAGAAGAGAGGCAUUGACGUGUUUUUAGAAAAUGGUAAGACGUGGGUAAAACUGAUCAUUAUCACUUUGUUCAGAGUCGUAGAACUGUAGUUUCGCUGUUUUGUGAUUUGUGGAUGGGCUGGUCACAAUUAAUUUCCAAAAUCAACCUGACACAAGCUUUGUUUUAUUGUUAGCAAAUGGUUGCUGUCUGACAAAAAAAACUUUUCUGAAUAUGAAAACAGAAAAAAAAAAACCUUUGUUAUGUAUAUGGAAAAAACAACACUGUUUGAUAUACAUUUUGCAAUUGUACCAAAAGUGGCUUAUUAUUGAAGUCUGAUUGCUUUUCUAGUAAGUAGGCGCGUGCAGUGGGGUAGCGCGUGACGUAAUGUGUACUGUAUGUGGUCAGGUGACAGUGUAGUUCACUGUAUAAGUGUCCUGCUGUAUUCUUUAAUUGAAUAUUAAGAAAUAAUAUAGACCGUGUACAGAAGCCAGAAUCCAUAUUGGCUCCUUCCAUAUCUCUGUAUCUAAUGAAGAUGUCUUGCACUUGGAACAUCUGGGAUUUGUUGAAUAAUACAAACAUGAAAUACCCAUUGUGAUUCCUUCCAGGACCAAACCAACUGUGAUACUUCACAACAGUGAAUAAACAGUCUGUGGUUCUCUUCCAGUGGGGGUACAUGGCCAAAACUUCUGUAAAGUGCAAUUUAUCUGUAAUGUUUGGCAGGUGACAUGUUUAUAUGGGCUCAACAUUUCAGCACUAUCACAAAAAUGGCCAGACUUGAAUUUAAAGCGAUAGCAUUAUUGAUCUUUUCCAAAACCUAGUGAGUUGCCUAAAUAGGCAGAAUUUUAAGGCAUCAUAGGCAAACAUCCUACAUCACGUCUAUUUCAAAUGGCAGGCAGCAUGAUUGUAGCUUCUUUCGUCCAAAUUCUAACAUAGCAUUUAAUUUAUCCAUUACGGAGAAUGCACUGCGACAAGCUCAGUAAAUCGAUCAAAAAUGGCAGAUGAAUCAAGAGAAAUGUCAAUUAUAUUUUCACAGCUACAAUUCACAAAGAAAAGUAUCCAUACAAAUAGUUUAAAAUAAUUAAAAAUGAACUAUUUUGAACUCAAUAUGUGUGUGCUAUGUCUUUUUAUGCUUUUUAAGAAUCAGUAGAGUGCAACAGUGCCUGCCCAAUUUUUCAGCCAUCUUGGUUCCGGAAGUAUUUUUAUAUAUUUUUUGAUAUAUUUGAUAUAUAUAUUUAAGUAUGUGAAAAUCUUUGUAGUUCAUACCGUCUUUAAUGAGGGAAUGAACUACAAUCCCAUAAAGCAUUGCAAAUGACAUAAUUGAAAAACUAUGGAAAAAUUAUUGAUUUAAAGUUGUUGAUUAUAAGAAACAAUAUAUUUUAAUUUCAUUGCAAAAUAGUAAGACAUAUAUAUUUAUAUACUCAGUCUGAGAGUGUAGGGAGAGCGACUCGAUUGUGUCAUUCACAGUGCGUCAUGGGAGUGGACAGUUGCUUCAGGGCUCUUUUGGCACAUUUUGUUUGCCGUGAUUCUCUGAUUGGUGGAGCGUUUCUCUUCAGAAACGUGGGUAGUGUAGUUCUUCACCAGGAAUUCCCUUAUGAGGGUCCAUUUGAGUUGCCUUAGAAGCAGAUAGCAAGGCAGCUCAGUAGGUUUUGGAACGGAGCCAUAAUAUUUAAGACCUUGUCAAUUAUAUGUUGUGUGUCUAAUGGACACAGGUCGUUGAUGGAUUCCAAGCAGAACACCCAUAUGAAACACUUUAUGAGAGCUCUUUGAGAGAUGAUCAGAGUAUUUUCAAGACAGCAAGUAAAUGGACUAAUGAAGUGUGCUUAUUUUGAUACGGCAUGCUUUUCCCUGUCAUUUACUCAGGACAGUGUAAUAAAAGCACCAAAAUUACUUCAUGUUGUAGCCCUGAUGUGUGUUAAAGCCGUGAGAAUCAGCUGAAGGGUUGAGUGAGGGAAAAUGGAUUGUACUAUGUCAUGGCAAACUUCGCAAAGUAUUGAGUAUUAAUGACACUGAAAAUUCUCAAGUCAUUGACUGCAGUGGAUUUACAGGAAUUAUUCACUCAAAAUGAAAACCGCAAUCAUUUACUUACCCUCAUGUUGAUCCAAACCUGUUUGUAGCUUGACAAAAAGAAAUUAGCAGAUUGAAGUUUUGUGUUCAACAAAAAAAGUCAAUGAGUAAAUGCGAGUAAUAUGUUGAUAGAACUUUCAUUGUUGGGUGAACUAUUCAUUUAAGAAGAAAAUGAAUGCAUUGAAAUGUGCUGGCAUUGAAACUUUGAUGCUGUGAAAUGAAUGCAUUGCCCUCUCACCUCAUCUGAUUCAAGGCCACAACAAUCAGUAUUUCAGUAUUCUGAAAAAUUUGCAAAAAGAGAUUUUGCUACAGUAGAAAUAUGCAGUGUAAGGUUUCAGCAGUUUUGGGUGCAGGCUUUCAGAAAUUUGAUGACUUGUUAGUUUUUUGAGCUGAUUGCUCAGAUAAAUCACUCACCACAUCCUAACAGUCUCCUUUCUUUCUUUCUAUCUACACCCUCUGUUUGAAAGCUUCUUUAGCAGCCUCUUUUCUCUGUGGUUCUCAGCACAGUUAAUCCACACAGCACUCCUCUGUGAUGUUCAGUGUAGUUCGUGGAUAAGUGCCACACUGUACUUUUUAUGUGCACAUCAGUUAUUGAUUCUCUUGACUAAUGAUGUUUGUGGUAGCUUGUAUUAUAGCACUAUUGUAAAAAGGAUCGCUAAGGAGAGAGAUGUUUCAGUGAGGUAGAGUCACUACUUUGAUGUUAAAUGGUCUUUACGUGCAUAAAUUAGCUUCUGUUCCAAAACCUAGUGAGCUACUGUACCUCUAAGCAGCACAUUAUGCUGCAUUCUAAGAUACCUCGUUUUGGCCAGAUUCUAAGGCUGCAUGUAUCUUUUGUUGAGAAAAUUUUGCAAAUAUGUAUUAUGUCAAGCUUGGUUAAAGACAUCAGCCAAGAUAUGAUGGAUAAAGCAAAAAAAAUUAUAUUCUAUAAAAAUUCUAUUUCAUUCAAUAGCAAAAAUUAUUGAUAGAAAUAGUUUCACCUAAUUAAAAUAGACUACUUUAAUCAAUUUGUGUGUGCUACUGUAGGUAUUUUUAUGCUUGGAGCCUAAAUCGCUCUGUCAGUUUAGCAAUAUGAUAGUGCCAAACUCUACUGGAAUCAAUUGUUAUUUGAGUCUCUCAUGUGUGGCAUGAUGCUACCAAUGUAGAGCGUUCCAAAUCAAUCACUUAAAGCCUAAAGUAUACUUCAGUCAGACACAAACGCUGAGCGUACAGGACGCAUGACACAAAUCUCAUCAUCAGCAGUGUGCGCGAGUACUGAACGCGUGCAGCCCGAUUUUUCAAACUGUGUGUCUUUGAAUGCACUGAAUGCACAUGCGCCUGGAGUUAUUUGCACUAAUCAGUUGGUCCACAAGGUGGCAACACUUA